AUGUGGUAUUUAUAUGGCGUUUUCUAUUUAGGAGAGAAGGCGACCAGCGCGGCGACUCUACCAUGCUUGAUUCACGUCAUCAGUCACACUCGGCAUCGCGUUGAAGGCCUAUAUAUAAGUGAUAUAAAGCGUGUGUAUUUUUGUUUGUGUGUGUACACCACGGAUUUUGUUUUCUACCUUAUCGACGUCAUGCGGACAUCACUGUCAGUGACUCGUGUAGUGGGUGGUGUAGUAGAGAUGGCAACUACAGGCAGUGAGAUGUGGCUCCAGUGGUUCGCGUGCUGCUACCAGCCGGCUGCGCAAGCGCAACGCACCCGACGACGAAUAGAUAGAUCUAUGAUCGGUGCUCCUACCAAUUUUCAACACACAGGACACAUAGGGUCGACGGACGUGGAAAUGCCAUCGUCACUACUCCACUCCAUACAAAAUCAGAUGCAGAGCAAGGGCGGGUACGAAAUGGCUUAUGGUGUUAAGGUUUAC